UAGCGUGGAGUUUUUUGGCUAACCUCCGGGUACUUCACACCGCUUUGUAGUCGCAAGUUUUCAAAACGUCACUUCGGUGUGAAAUUAAAUCCUUGUAAAUAUAUUGAUAAAUAGGUAAUUGAUAGUGGUGAUGAGAGGGAAUUAUCAUUACUAAUGGCGUCGGCACUGGAGCUGUUUGUUAAUAACGUUCGAACGCUCUCAACGCAAGGUAAUUUCAGAGAGCUGUGUGACGUUAUAAGUAAAUCAACAAACGUGCUUAUGAGAAAUGGACAGCAUUUGGAUAAUGUUUUGGAAACUCUGGAUCUGCAACAGCACUCGCUUGGGAUAUUGGCCGUCCUGUGCGUUAAGUUUUCGUUACCGAAUCCCAACGGAGUGAAUAAUCCGGAUGCUUACAAGCCCUUGUUCAACCAGGUCCAAGAAUUCAUCGUAGGAUGCAAUGGCGAACAAGUUCGGUUUGCCCCAGACACAUAUGCGGAGUUGUGUCACUUGCUCACGCAGCUGUUGGUGAAUCUUCAGGUGCCUCUGCGGGGUAUCGAAUUACUCCGUCGUGCUAUAAGAAAAAUCCAACUAUUUGAUAGUCAGCUAACUUCAAUACAUGCAGAUUUGUGCCAGCUCUGUUUAUUGUCAAAGUGCUUCAAGCCUGCCCUGGAAUUUUUGGACACUGAUAUGACGGGGAUAAACCAGGAGGGCGGGCAGUUUGAUUCAAAGUACUUUUUACUAUAUUACUAUUACGGGGGAAUGAUAUACACCGCAUUAAAAAACUACGACCGCGCUCUUUACUUUUUCGAAGUUUGCGUAACUACUCCUGCGUUGGCCGUAAGUCAUAUAAUGCUCGAGGCUUACAAAAAGUACAUAUUACUAUCCCUGAUUCUUCACGGGAAGAGACUGAACGUCCCUAAAUACGCGAGUCAAGUUGUCAAUAGAUUUAUCAAGCCACUAAGUCAGGGUUACCACGAAAUCGCAACGGCAUAUUCAACAAACAGUUGCGACGAAGUUAGCACCGUGAUGAACAAAUACCAAGAGUUGUACAUUAGAGACCAUAAUUGGGGACUUGUCAAACAAGUUCUUCGCUACUUGUAUAAAAAAAACAUACAGAGGUUGACGAAAACUUUCCUCACACUGAGCCUGAGUGAUGUAGCUAGCAGAGCGCAACUCCCUGGACCAGCGGAAGCUGAACAAUAUAUUUUAAACAUGAUCGAGGAUGGGGAGAUAUUCGCAACUAUCAAUCAGAAGGAUGGAAUGGUGGUAUUCCAUGACGACCCGGAGAAAUACAAUUCUCCACGAAUGCUCGCGAGGUUUGAAAAAGAGAUGGCGGCGUGUGCCGAGCUUGAUAAACGAGUGUUAGAAAUGGAAGAGGAAGUGAUUGUGACACCUCAAUAUGUGCGAAAGGCUUGUGGCCAAAAUGAUCAGGACGAUCAAUCCGCUGGUCCCGCACCUACCAAUGUCACCAAUACCCGAGGACAGCCUAAGCACAACACUUACUCUAUGUAACAUACCAUGAUUGUGCGUUAUCUUUACUAAAAACAGAAAAAGCAAAAAAAAAAGAAAAGAAAAGAAAACCUUAAAAAAAUGGAAAGAAACUAUUGUUCAUAGCAACGUCACCGAGAUAAAUUUUAAAGCUCAUUUCAGGCAACCAUAUUAAACGGGCUUGCGCCAGUUUUGUUUCUU